AACUUCACAUUUUUCAUAAAAAUGGCGGACGAAGUCAGCAAAGCUCAAACAGCGCAGCCGGGAGGCGAUACGAUUUUUGGCAAGAUCAUUAGGAAGGAAAUCCCAAGUGACAUACUGUACGAAGAUGAGCAGUGCAUAGCUAUGAGGGACAUUGCACCUGUGGCUAAGACCCACUUCCUGGUGUUACCCAAGAAGCCAAUCUCUCAACUAUCAACGGCUGAGGCUGCAGAUAAAGAGCUCCUGGGGCACUUACUUCUUGUUGCCAAUACAGUAGCCAAACAAGAAGGCCUGACCGAAGGCUUCCGUGUCGUCAUCAACGACGGGAAACACGGAGCACAGAGCGUCUACCAUCUACAUCUGCACGUCAUCGGGGGGCAACAGCUGGGAUGGCCUCCUUGCUAAACAAAUUUACAAAUUAUUGUCAGGAUUUUUCCUGUCGUCAGGAUUUUUAAACAAUCCGUUUGAAAUUUGGAAUUGGUGAGAUUGUUAAUCUCAGAUAAAGCAUGAAAUUAGUCAGAUGGAAUACUCUUUUUCCUUUGUUAUACUAAUCAAGUGAUAUCAGCAAUAACUGCAAGGAUGCGCAUAGAACUGUUCCAGAGCGCUAGUCCAAUGCACAAAUCUUCAUAACCCAAAAGUUUCUGAUACAGCAGUACAUUUGCCACUUAAUUUGUCGUGUAACUUCAGCAUUCAGUGAAUAAUCAGACAUUUCUGCUGUGUUCAGUUCCAUAAAAAUAGGCUGCUGGGAUUUCUUCAAAAUUUUCUGGGGAUUAUUUAAGCAGAGGUAGAUUUAUCAGGGAUGUGGCCUUUGGCUGAAAAAUAUAGGAAAAUCAUGCAGAGAAAAAGUAGCACAUGCCUGCUAAACUCCCCCCCCCCCCCCCCUUGACAGCUAACCCCCAUCCUUGAGCUAAAGCUGGAUCUGGCUCUGUAAAUGGUUCGGCUGGUGUAUGAAAAUGAAUCAAUCUAUUUUCAAACAGAUGGAUACCACUCGUCACAUAUUAUCAGGAUUGUAUUCUAAUUUCUGUUUACUUCUUUGCCAAGUACAUGUUCUUGUUUGUUGUGAACUGCAAACAUGAACAUUUUUUAGUGAGAUACUUUUUAGGAACAUGACUGUAUGAACUCUCUAAUUUUGCCUCAUGCUCAACUCGGAUCAUGAUUACAAGUCUGAACUUGUUAAAAACUUUGGAAUGUUUCAAAUAAAAGCAAGUGUAACUUGAAAGUCACAGACUUAGAAA